AUUUGUGUUUAGAAAGAGAUGAAAAACCGUAUGGAAAGAUUAGUAGUUCUUCCAUUCUCUUUCAGCUGUGCUUCACAUUCAAGUGUUGAAUUAGGUGCACCCAGAGGAUCAAAAGAAGAUUCAAAAGGCCCUAUUGUUUCAAGAAGACAAGAACGACAAGAUAGAUCAGUGAUCACAACCAAAAUGAAGGGGGGCAAGCCUUCUGGGUUUCUUGUUCUACCAAAGCCUAAUGUAUCUGCCGGCAUACAAAGAUUAAUGAAGGGCAUUAAGAGUUUAUCUCAAUUAUUUUUUUACAAAGAGGAAAUUGAAGAGAUGGAACCUGAGAUGGAAAUUGGGUAUCCAACAGAUGUGAAGCAUGUGACACAUAUUGGUCUUGAUGGGUCAACAACUACAAAUAAUGUGAAGGGUUGGGACAAUCUGAAGGCACCUGAAUUACUCUCUUUGUCUCCAAUUUCAUUCAAGCAAUUUGAAUUGGCCAUGGCUGGCCAAGCUCACCAUUCUCUUAUUAAUGAUCCUAAUUCUUCAAAAUGUGGUUAA